AUGCGGGCCGAUAAAAUCGAUGAAGGCGGCAUAAUUCCCGAGAAACUGUUCCGGGACGGGAGCCCGUUCCCUGAACUCGGGGAGUACCGUGUUCCAGAGUUUGCUGAUGCGGAGAAAGUCGCCGGGCAGGGUCCCCACCUUGUGCUCCAACUGCGUCAAAUAGCUCGCGAAGUCUCGCACAGUCUGGUUCUCUGUCUAGCCUGCUCCAUAGUAUCUCUCCUCCGCAGUGCGCAUGACCUUCUUGCCUGUCAUGUGCUCCAGCAGAAAGGUGACAAAGUGGAGCCAGGUCACUUGCCCAUGGACAGAAGCAAGCAGCAGCAACAGCAGCAACAGCAGCAGCAGCAGCAUCGUCAUCCCAUCCUUGUCGAUCUUUCACCACGAUCCCCACGGUCGGAUGGCUACCUAGUCAUGACUCCUCAAUCAGACACCAACCGCAUUGGCUGA